AUGAGUGACUCUACGGAAUCCAAGAAGCAACCAAGAAGGAGAUUUAUUGGCAAAAAGUCUGUUGGUGGGAAUUCCGAUAAACUAACCACGGUUGCUGAAAAUGGUAAUGAAAUUGUCCAUAAGCAAAAGAGUAGAAUCUCCUUGGCUAGGAGUAUCAACCAUGUGCCUGAUGAUAUUUUAAACGACAAAGAUUUAAAUGAAGCCGUCAAAUUAUUACCUUCCAACUACAACUUUGAAAUUCACAAAACUGUGUGGAACAUCAGAAAACAUAAUGCCAAGAGAAUAGCACUGCAAAUGCCCGAGGGGUUACUUAUUUACUCAUUAAUUAUUAGUGACAUUCUAGAACAGUUUUGUGGCGUAGAGACUCUAGUAAUGGGGGAUGUUUCCUAUGGUGCAUGUUGUAUCGAUGAUUUUACUGCGAGAGCGUUGGACUGUGAUUUUAUUGUGCAUUAUGCCCAUUCGUGUUUAGUGCCUAUUGACAUCACAAAGAUCAAAGUAUUAUAUGUGUUCGUUACGAUAAACAUUCAAGAAGACCACAUCAUUAAAACAUUACAGAAAAAUUUUCCCAAAGGAUCCAGGAUUGCCACAUUUGGUACUAUUCAAUUUAAUCCUGCGGUACAUAGCGUGAGAGAUAAACUACUUAAUGAUGAAAAUCAUAUACUGUACAUUAUUCCUCCUCAAAUUAAGCCUUUGUCAAGGGGUGAAGUGUUGGGUUGUACCUCAGAAAGAUUAGAUAAGGAACAAUACGAUGCUAUGGUUUUCAUUGGUGACGGUAGAUUCCAUUUAGAGUCUUCAAUGAUUCAUAAUCCAGAAAUCCCAGCGUUUAAGUACGACCCAUACAAUAGAAAGUUUACUAGGGAAGGAUACGACCAGAAACAACUGGUGGAAAUUAGAUCAGAUGCUAUCAAUACUGCCCAGAAGGGGAAGGUAUUUGGCCUAAUUCUUGGUGCAUUAGGUAGACAAGGUAACCUGAACACUGUAAACAAUUUGGAGAAAAACUUGAUUGCGGCAGGUAAAACCGUGGUGAAGAUUAUCCUUAGCGAAGUUUUUCCACAAAAAUUGGCCAUGUUUGAUCAAAUCGAUGUUUUUGUUCAAGUUGCAUGCCCUAGAUUAUCCAUCGAUUGGGGGUAUGCCUUCAAUAAACCACUAUUAACACCAUAUGAGGCUAGUGUUUUAUUGAAAAGGGAUGUUAUGUUUAGCGAAAAGUAUUAUCCAAUGGACUACUAUGAAGCUAAAGGGUAUGGACGUGGUGAAACCCCGAAGCAUGCAAUUGAAUAUUCUAAUUAG